AUGUUAGGAAUUGUGUUUAGAAGCAUAGUCAGAAGAUCAGAGUCUUCCCUGUCAAAAACGUUCGAAAGCGUAAAUGAUUGUUUUAAAUUGCUGGAAUCGAACACCUCGGUGCCCACAAAGGACUUGUAUGAUGCCUUUAAGUACCUCGUCAGUGACAUGAGUUCACGGAAGAACGCAGUUCAGGAUGAACGUUUUCCUUCACUCCUGAAUCAGUUAGACAGUAGAAUUGGAACGUUAAACUCGUCUUACCUUGGAAAUUUUGCACUAAGAUUAAAUUUGCUUAGUAAAACAGGCGGUUAUGUCAGCCAUGACUCAAACCGAGUGGACGUAGACCAGGCCAAAAAAUUAAUUGAAAAAAUAGCAACGACAAUGAUAGACAAGGGGGGCCACAUUAAGGAGAUAACCCAGGUGGCCUACGCAGCAGCAUCGAUGGGAAUAGUGAAUCAUCCGAUCUACGAGUUUGAGAAGCAGCAGGUAACGCUGAAUAUUGACCUGGCCACACCGGACUCGAUCAAUUUAUCAAUAAUGACAUCGUUUAAGAGGAGCUCGAGAGACAGAGUGUACCUGGCGCUAUUGUGUGAGAAGCUGUCGGAGCUCACAGAUAGGUUCACGGCCAAGGACGUUGUGAUGACCCUGGGCUCUUUGUCGAAGCUAUCGCUGAUGAAGGGGUUUCUGCUGCGCAGGCUGCUGACGCUCAUGAUGGAUAACCUAGACCAGUUCACGGACGCACAGUUGGUUCAGUGCGCAAACAGGCUGGCACUGCUUAAGUUCUUUACUCCAAAUAAUUUUAAGUCGAUCUUUAAUACCAUAAAGCCUAGGCUCCAGGAACUCCCGACGCACCUGAAAGUGGAGCUGCUGAUGACCAGUUGUCUGAGCAACGUGCCUAGCGACAACAAGGAGCUCAUCGAAGUGCUGGAAAACAUUAAGAACGACGACCAGGAUAUGUUGAACUUGACGCAGUACAUAUAUUCCUGCGUCUACUACAAGUAUUACGGAAAUGAGUUCAAAAGGGCAUUUACGACCUUGAUGAGUCACACACCCUUUAUUGGAAGGAAGUACGCUGUGAUGGCAAAGGAGGCUUUUGACACGCUGUAUCUUGAGUCGAAUCAGGACCUGAGUCUUAGUGACAGCUGGAGAGAGUCCUUUGACAACAUAGAAAAAACGGAAAAGGAGAAGUCGGAGUCGCAGCCUAUAUUCCAGGAAUCUAAAAAAAUACUGGAAUCAUCAGGCGAUUAUAAAUAUUUUGAGAAAGUUGGACCGUACGUGGUCACCUUCGUUGAUCAUGAACGCAAGAGAUGCAUAGACGUGGAAUAUCCGACGACAAUGACAAAUUUGGCCCUUAAAUUGAGAAACCUUGAUGCACUGGGCUACAAGGCUGGAGUUAUAAGGUAUUGGGAGUGGAGGCGCCUGAGAACCGAAAAAAGUGAGCUCCAGUAUGUGUUCCGACUGUACGAUAAGGACCGGACAGGCAAGCUAUCGUUCUCUACCCUUAAAACGCUGUUAAAAUCCAUUGGAAUUUAUCCAACUAAAGGCGAAUUAGAAUUUUUAGAAUACGAGGAAUCUGUCAGGGGAGGGUUUACUCUCGAUGAUUUAUAUGCUUUGGGGGAUUCGUUUUACACCAAUUCUGUCAUAAAACAAAAUGUUAUGGAAUCUUUAAGAUGUCAUUUUAACAAUUUUGACGUUUUCAAUGAGACUGAACUAAAAAAUUUGUUAAUUAAACUAGGCAAACGUUUAAGGGUAGGGGAGUCUGAAAUCGACUCAUUUUUCCGAUUUUAUAUAAAUGAUAAGCCUUCAAGUGAGCUAACGUACGAAAAGUUUAUAGACGAGUAA